GUUGGCAGACGUGGCUAGUCACUUCUCUGCUUCUACCGAAACGGAGCGGCCGGAGAUAGUAAAGUGUACAUAACAGAAAAUGUCACGUUUCUUUCGCGAUAGGUGAUCGAGCAUCGCGGCGAGCGAGGAAUCGGUCAAUAUGCCGAAGAAAUUUGUGGGUGAGAACAGCAAGGCGGUUGCCGCCCGAGCUAGAAAAGCUGCGGCCAAAGAAGCCGAGACUAUAAAAAAGGCAAAGGAAGCGGAAGACAGAGAAUGGGAGGAUAACAAUAAACAAGUAUUGAAGAAGAAACAGAAGCAAGAAGAAGUCGAGAAGAAACGUCAACAGCAAUUGGAAAAGAAGGCGGAGGCGAAAGCUUUGCUCGAAAAGGAAAUGUCAACUAUAAAAGUCGGUGGUAAGCAGCCAGCCUCGAAACUUACUAGAGCCGAAAUCGUUGCUGUCACUGAGAAACGAAAUCAAGUGGCUAUGAAGAAGAAAGAGGAUGAGAAGCCGAUCGAGGAGAAUUUGAACAGAUUGAUUUUGGAAGGUGAAACGGCUCACAGUAUAGACGAGGCUAUAUCUGUUUUGAGCUCAAAGGAUCCCGAACUUGAUCGACACCCGGAGAAACGGAUGAAAGCCGCAUACGCGAGCUUCGAGGAACGAAUGAUGCCGAUGAUUAAAGAACAAAAUCCUACUUUGAGAUUGAGUCAGUUGAAGCAAAUACUUAGAAAGGAAUGGAUGAAGUCGGCUGAAAAUCCGCUUAAUCAAACGUUACUGAAUCGCUGACGAUCACCAUGAUAUCAAACGCGACACAUACUUGCACAUUAUUGACUGAUUAUUUAAUUUUGUUAAAAUAAAUAAAUGACAUUGCAACACUGCGAUAUAAUCAUCUGUAUACAA